AUGUUUGCAAACGCUGGUCUAAGAGAAACCCUCAAGGUCGCAAAAGCUCUGAGAAAGAAGUUCCAUUCUUCCAGCUCUGUCCAUGGAAUAGUUUCGUCACGACCACUCAAAGCUAGAGCUGCAGAGACCCCUAUAUCAUCUGCUUAUCCUAUAAUUGAUCAUACACACGAUGUCUUGGGCAAGUCGUUUUUUGUCGUUGCGCUACCAAACGCCAUCCCUCACACACGUACUGCUGCAUUGGGACUCUCCACAGCGUGCAUCACAAAACUGUUCCCUACUCGAUCACACACUGUCGCUGCUCAAGGUGGUAUCAAUGCUGCCCUUGGUAAUAUGGUGGAAGACGAUUGGAGAUGGCACGCAUAUGACACUGUGAAAGGUGCUGAUUGGCUGGGAGAUCAAGAUGCCAUUCACUAUAUGUGUAAAGAGGCGACGAAUGCUGUCGUUGAACUUGAGCAUUGGGGAAUGCCGUUCUCUAGGAAUGAGGCUGGCAAGAUUUAUCAACGACCAUUAGGUGGUCAAAGUUUAAAGUACGGCAAGGGUGGUCAAGCGUAUCGAUGCGCAUCUGUAGCUGACAGAACAGGACAUUCCCUUCUUCACACCCUAUACGGCCAAUCACUCAAAUACGACGCGAGCUACUUUAUUGAGUACUUUGCCCUCGACCUAAUAAUGGAAGACGGCGUCUGUCUCGGCGCAAUGGCCUUCAACAUGGAAGACGGCACACUGCAUCGCUUCCGAGCCCAAAAGACAAUAUUAGCAACCGGCGGAUACGGCCGUGCCUACUUUUCAUGCACGUCUGCACACACAUGUACCGGUGAUGGUGGUGCCAUGGUAGCUAGAGCUGGACUCCCAUUACAGGAUUUAGAAUUUGUGCAAUUCCAUCCAACAGGCAUAUACGGAGCUGGGUGUUUAAUUACGGAGGGAUCGCGUGGUGAAGGUGGUUACCUCUUGAAUAAGCACGGUGAACGGUUUAUGGAAAGAUAUGCUCCUACUGCCAAGGAUUUGGCGUCGAGGGAUGUAGUGUCGAGAGGCAUGACCAUGGAGAUUCGGGAUGGAAGGGGAUGUGGGCCUUUGGCUGAUCAUGUUCAUUUGCAAUUGAGUCAUUUGCCGUUGGAUAUUUUGAAUGAGCGGUUGCCUGGGAUCUUUGAAACUGCUGCCAUCUUUGCCGGUGUCGAUAUCUCCAAGGAGCCUAUACCAGUGUUGCCAACUGUACAUUAUAAUAUGGGUGGUAUCCCAACCAAGUUCACUGGUGAAGUCGUUACCCACGAGAACGGCCAAGACAAAAUAAUCCCGAACCUGUACGCCGUCGGUGAGGCAGCCUGUGUCUCCGUCCACGGCGCAAACCGACUAGGUGCCAACUCACUAUUGGACCUGGUCGUAUUCGGUCGAGCAGCGGCUCUCCAUAUAGGUCAAUGCACUACACCCGGUGCACCACAACCAGAUCUACCUAAAAACGCAGGCGCACAGUCGAUUGCCAAUCUGGAUAAACUUCGAUAUGCUAGUGGUGGCGCUAGUGUUGCUGAUGUAAGAUUGAAUAUGCAGCGGGCUAUGCAACGUGACGCUGGGGUGUUUAGGACGGCAUCGUCGUUGGAAGAAGGAGUUAAGAAACUUGAUGCAUUGGCGUCGUCGCUAAAGGAUGUCAAGUUGUAUGAUCGUAGUAUGGUUUGGAACACUGACUUGAUAGAAGCUAUCGAGUUACAAAACCUCAUGACGAAUGCUGUACAAACAAUGUAUGCCGCCGAAGCUCGUCAAGAAUCUCGUGGAGCCCAUUCACGAGAGGAUUUCAAGGAUCGUGAUGAUGCUAACUGGACAAAACACAGUCUCACGUGGAGAAACGACGAAACUGGUACGACAAAAGUCAGUUAUCGACCGGUGCAGGACAAGACUCUUGAUGAGGCCGAGAUGCACAGUAUACCACCGGUAAAGCGUGUGUAUUAG